UUGGAUCUUGAUGAUGAUGAUGAUGAUGGUGAUAUUGAUGAAGAUGAUGAUGAUGAUGAUGAGGAUGAUGAUGAUGAUGUUGUUGAUGAUGAUGACGAUUACGAUGACGUUGAGCAUGACGAUGAAGAUGAGGAUGACGAUGAGAAUGAUGAUGGGGAUGAUGAUGAUGAUGAUGAGGAUGAUGAUGAGGAUGAUGAUGAGAAUGAUGAUGAGGAUGAUGAUGAGUAUGAUGAUGAGGAUGAGCAUGAAGAUGAUGAUGAACAUAAUGAUGAGAAUGAGGAAGAGGAAGAGGAUGAUGAUGAUGAUGAUGACGACGAGGAUGAGGAUGAGGAUGAGGAUUAG